AUAAACAAUACACCAGUAGCGUGGGUUCCAGCUUCGUGGACUGAGCGGGAAAGUGGUAGCGUCGUUUUUCUCAGAAUAUUUCAGAGUUUCAUCAACAAUGUCUCCAGUCCAGCAUCUGAGGGAGUUUAUCAGGGAGCGACUAACUGCUGCUGCGGAGGAAAUAUUCACAGAGGUGGAAAAAAACAUCGUCCAGUACCAAGAAGAGAUCGACCGUCAGCGCAAACUGCUGGAAACCAACUGGAGACCCAGAAUCCAGCUCCACAGGAUAGACGUCCUACAUCAACAUGUUUCUAAGGAUGAGGAGGCUCUUCUAGCUGACCAGCAGCUCUGCAACCAGACGUCCACUUCCAGUAUGAAUCAGGUGGAACCAGAGUCUCUUCACAUUAAAGAGGAGCAGGAGGAUCUUGCCAUCCAGGAGGAGGAGGAGGAGCAGCUUGUAUUGAAGCAUGAGACUGGCAGCUUUUCAAAUACUCCUACUCAUGAGGAAAAUGACUACAAUGACCGAGAGUCAAACAGUGAUGGUAUUCCUGUUUACACCUGUCCUCUAGAUGAACAUUUACAUUUAGAGGAAAGCCGGCUUGAAGACCUGGAACCAACAAGAUACUCAGAACUGAAUCCAGAUAGGAGUUCUCUCAGAAAUAGUAAUGACAAUGUAAAGACCUCCCUUCGGGUAGAAAGUCGUGUUAUGACUGACCGCACUGCUGAGCUGUACAUCUGUUACACCUGUAACAAAAGGUUUAGUAACCUCUCCUCACUUCAGAAACAUAAUGCUGUCCACACAGGUGUGAAGCCGUAUUCCUGUAAAACAUGUGGAAAGUGUUUUGGUCAAAACUCUCUUUUGGUGCGUCACAUGAGAUGUCACUCGAGUGAGAAGCCAUAUUCAUGCAAAACAUGUGGAAAAUGUUUCCGUAGUAACAGUCAUUUGUUGAGCCACACAAGAACUCACACAGGUGAGAGGCCAUAUUCCUGUAAAACAUGUGGAAAAUGCUUCAGUCGGAAUAGUAUUUUGUUGAGCCACAUGAGAACUCACACAGGUGAGAAGCCACAUUCAUGUAAAACUUGUGGAAAAGGUUUUGGCCGAAAGGACGGUUUGUUGCGCCACAUGAGAACUCACACGGGUGAGAAGCCAUAUUCUUGUACAACGUGUGGAAAAUGUUUCGGUCACAGUCAUGUUUUAUUGUACCACAUAAAAACUCACACGAGUGAAAAUAUGUAAAACUUGUGGUAGAUAUUUCAGUCAAAAUUGUAGUUUGUUUUGGCACAUGAGAACUCACACGGAUGAGUAACCAUAUCUUUCAUGUGGAAAAAGUUUGGACUAUUUCUCUAAGAACUAGUAAUGACAAUGUAGAGACCUCCCUUCUGGUAGAAAGUCAUGGUAAGACUGAGCACACUGCUGAGAAGCUGUACAUCUGUUACACCUGAGAAGCCAUUUGCAUGUAAAUCAUGGGGAACAUGUAUUAGUGGAAAAGAUAUUUUGAUGCAUCACAUGGGAAGUCCCCCUAGGUGAAAAGCCGUAUUCAUAUAAAACGUGGUAAAUGUUUUCAUUGGAAUACUUAAUUUUUGAACCUAUGAAAUUCACAUAGAUGAGAAGCUGUGUUCCUGUAUUCCAUGUUGACAACAUUUUGGUAGAAAUGGCCAUUUGCUUCGCCACAUAAGAACUCACAGAGGACAAGCUGUACUUAUGUGCAACAUGCAAUUGUUUAAGUCAGGCUACCAUUUCAUUAUUUACUUGAGUCACACAGGUGAGCAACAAUAAAACGUGGAGAAAGAGGAAAACAUGUUGUCUUUUCAUAAGAAAAAUCAUUUACACAAGAAAUCUGAAAAUGGCAUGUUGAA